AUGCCUCCAAUCCAAUCGAAGGUGGAAGGUAGAGGUAACGGUAUCAAGACGGCCAUCCCCAACUUGAGCGAAGUUGCCAGAGCCUUGGGUAGACCUCCAGCAUACGUGGUCAAGUAUUUUGGUUCUGAAUUGGGUGCGCAGACGAAGAUUAACGAGGACGAAGACAGAUUCCUCGUUAACGGUGCCCACUCGCAAGCUGAACUACAAGACUCCUUGGACGGGUUCAUCAACAGAUUUGUUCUCUGCGGCGCUUGUAAGAACCCAGAGACUCAGAUCAUCAUCAAGAGCAAAGGAUUCUUGCAGAAAGACUGUAAAGCUUGCGGUCGUAUCACUGAUAUUGAUUUGAGACACAAGUUGUCCUCGUACAUCUUGAAGAAUCCUCCACCAACGUCCAGUGGCAAAAAAGCCGCCACCGCCCAGGCGAACGUCGUUGGUGGUGGUAAGUCCAUUUCCGAUAUUGCUCAGUCCGCCGACAACGGCGAGGCCAAGCAGGCCAACGGUGAUGAUGACGAUGAUGCUUUGACGAAAAAGAUCAAUGCCGAGGCAGCUGCUCUAGCUAACGAAACCGUCGAGGUCGCGGAUGACGACUGGGCCGUUGACAUGUCCAAGGAAGCUAUUGAGGCCAGAGCCAGAGAAUUGGAAGGUCUUUCGCUAAACGACUCUCAGACAAAGCUUACCGAAUUUGGUGAGUGGGUGUUGAAGGACGCCGGCGACGACAAGGAAGAUUUGCCUUCUGACAUUGAUAUUUACAAGAAGAUUGUCGAGUUGGAGCUCUUGGAAAAGCCAGAGGUGAUGCUCGUGUUGGGUCAAGUGUUGUUUGACGAGGAUAUUCUCGAGCAGCUCGAUCAGCAUCACGGAUUGUUGGUCAAGUUGAUCGAAGAGAAAAGCGACUAUGAAAAGGCCUUCUUGGGUGGUCUUGAGAGAUUCUUGGGCUUGGAGAAACCAGAGUUGAUUCCUCUUGUGCCAAAGAUUCUCGCUAAGAUGUACGAAAAGGAUUUGGCAAGUGAAGAGGAAAUUCUCAACUGGGGUCUGAAGGUUUCUAAGAAGUACGUCCCCAAGGAUGUGUCUAAAAAGGUGAGAAAGGCCGCCAAGCCAUUCAUCAAGUGGUUGAAGGAGGCCGACGAGGAAUCGGACGACGAAUAA